AUAUUCACACUGAGACGAAAGUCUACCUUUUGCGAACGAAACAGUGCGCUUUAGUAUACCAGACCUCAGUACCAUCCGUACGUUAUGUGCAUUUCUAGCCUCUUUAUUAUCAACCAAAUUGGCGAAGUUCAGGUCGAGAGACACUAUCAUGGCCUUAUAUCCAGAGUUUUGUGCAGCGAAUUCAUCAAGAAGAUUCAAGAAGAAAGCCACAAGGCACAGCCGGUCUUAAAAAUUGAUAAGUAUUAUUUCAUUCAUGUAUCACUCAACAGUUUGUAUUUUGUGGCUGUUUGUGUACACGACGCUUACGUAUUGGCAGUAGUGGAGUUUUUGGUUUGCUUGAUUGAAAUCUUUCGCGCCUAUUUUGGCAAUGAGGCCAUAGACGAGGAUGCGAUCAAGAGUAAUAUUUUUGUUGUGUAUCAGCUCCUCACCGAGGUCUCGGACAGCGGCUUGGUUCUCAAUUCUGACCCUGCCAUUUUGGAGCUGCUCGUUCCACAUUCGAGCAUUUUGAACACGGUUCAGAAAACAAUAUUGGGAUUCAGCGCGUCGGAUUUAAAUUCGAACGCGAUACGGGUAGAUUCUUUGCUGUCGAGGAGCGGCAGGAGUGUCUCCUCUGGUGGCUCGUCUCAGGUUGAGAUAUACGCCGAUGUGAUGGAAUUUGUGAGGUCGACCGCUGACCUGAACGGAGACGUUUUUUCAAGCAGUGUGACAGGUAAAAUUUUGUGUAACACAAAAACGAGUGACGUGUCCGAAGUUUGUCUGCGGUUUUGUGAUCCACCCGCGUUCGACAGUGUUUCGUUUCACUCUUGCGUCCUGUAUGAAAAAUACGAAAAACAAGGCGUGAUAGCCUUCGUGCCUCCGAAUGGCAAAUUCAAACUCAUGGAUUUCAGGAUCCUCACUGGCAUUUCUGUCCCCAUCUCUAUCGUCUCGCAAGUACGCCCUACCGAAACCGGCCUGAGUAUCAAGAUCAUUUGCAGGGCGACCCAGGCCAACUUGAACCUGACAGGCGUCGUCGUCGAAAUCAAGUUUUUGCGAAGCGUGGACAACUGCUCCCUGAUCUCGAGCAACGACGCCGACUACUUUGACAAGUCUGCCAUGAAGUGCACUUGGGAGGUGGGAACGCUCAGCGCCGCCAAGCCGGGCACGUUGGAGGGGACGGUGAAUUACUCGAAGUGCGAUCCGAGCGCCAGGCAGAGCAGAGGCAGCCAUUUGACUAUUUAUUCGGCUUACAAGACGUACGCGUGGAGCGCAUCCAACACCAGGCUGUCGUCUCUGUCGGUCCAAGGUGGGCGGAACACCCACAAAUACACCCGCAACGUCGUUUCUGGAGAGGUCAUGCAGGCCUAUCCCAAUAUCAAACUCGACUUUUAAAAAAAAAAAAAAGAGAGUGUUGUAUCAAACGCGCAUUUCUGCCUAUUCAAAAAAAAA